CUCGCUACAUCUUGCUACUGAACUGAACUGUCAUGGACGCCUACGCCAACUCGAGCUACUCGCAAUACAGCCAGCAGUCUUCUGCUUAUGAUAAUCCUUAUCAUCGACCAUACCAAGGCCCUGCAUAUCCGCUUCCUGGAUCAUCGUCAUCGCACAGCGCACCUGUUCCCGCAAAUGCCUAUGAGUACGAUGUCGGUAUCCUUGCGCAGCAGAGUGUGUAUGUCCCGGGCGCGAUGAUUGACAAGAGGGGUGGUGCUGGUGGAAAGCUUGCAAAGGGUGGAAAGAGGACCACCGUUCUGCGUAAGGGAGGAGGAAAAGUCUGGGAAGACCAGACGCUGCUAGAGUGGAAUCCUUCGUGGUUCAGGUUGUUUGUCGGUGAUCUCAGUAACGAUGUGUCUGACGAUGUUCUUUCGAAUGCUUUCAACAAGUAUCCUUCGUUCACGAAGGCCCGUGUAAUCAGAGAUCGUCUGAGCCAGAAGGCCAAGUACGGCUUUGUCGCAUUUUCUGAUCCCGAAGACUUUUUGAAGGCUUGGAAGGAGAUGGAUGGCAAGUACGUUGGUAACCGGCCCGUGAAACUCAAGAAGGCCGAUGAUACUGCUAUCCGGCCAGUUGAGAUAGGUCACAGAAAGGCUAAGCAACUUGAAAGAGACCUGAAGAAGAACAGGCACAAACCUUAUUAGAUUCUGGACUCGAACGAAUCACAUUAGAGA